CCCCUGCCCCCACCCGUGGCCGGCCCCCGCGGCGCCCGGGGGCCGCCCAGCCUCCCCCUGCCGCCAUGGCCACCAAGAAAGGGGGUUCGCGGCUGGAGACCGAGAUCGAGAGGUGCCGCUCCGAGUGCCAGUGGGAGAGGAUCCCCGAGCUCGUCAAGCAGCUCUCGGCCAAGCUCAUCGCGAACGAUGACAUGGCAGAGCUCCUCCUUGGCGAAUCCAAGCUGGAACUUUUUCUGAAGGAGAACCCUCUUAAGCAGGGCGUGAGCCCCUGUGGUCCCCGGCCAAAGUUAAUUGAAGUCAGGAAGCACCUCACUGCAGCGCUUGACCGAGGAAACCUAAAGCCAGAGUUCUUACAAGAAGCCAACUUGGUUAUGGCCAAAUCCAACUAUAUGGAAGGUGAUUACAAAGAAGCCCUUAACAUAUAUGCCAGAGUGGGUCUCGAUGGCUUGCAGCUAGUAGCUGUACCUCCUUAUCGGCUGAGGAUGAUAGCCGAAGCAUAUUCUACCAAAGGUCUUUGUCUAGAAAAGUUGCCAAUUUCCUCUUCAACAAGUAACCUCCAUGCAGAUCGUGAACAAGAAAUUAUUAUAUGCUAUGAGAAGGCUGGGGAUAUAGCCCUUCUGUACCUCCAGGAGAUAGAAAGGGUAAUCAUGGCCAAUAUACAGAACAGAAGCCCUAAGCCAGGGCCUGCGGCACAUGAACAAGAACUUGGAUAUUUUUUAGAAACAGGACUUCAGAGAGCCCAUGUCUUGUACUUCAAAAAUGGGAAUUUGACAAGAGGAGUCGGUAGAUUUAGAGAGAUCCUACGAGCUGUUGAAACAAGAACUACACAAAAUUUACGCAUGACAAUAGCAAGGCAGCUAGCCGAAAUCUUGCUACGAGGCAUGUGUGAACAAAGUUACUGGAAUCCACUGGACGACCCUCCUCACGAGUCACCCCUGAAUGAUCCCCUAUGGAAAGGAGCAAAUACUAAGAGUUAUGCGCUUAGCAGAAGACCACGGGUGUACUCUGGAGAAAACAUUUUCUGUCCUCAAGAGAACACUGAAGAAGCGCUCUUGCUGCUGCUGAUUAGUGAAUCUAUGGCUAAUCGCGAUGCUGUGCUGAGCAGAAUACCAGAACAUAAAAAUGAUCGCAUCAUCAGUUUGCAAAGUGCGUCUGUAGUCUAUGACUUGCUUACCAUUGCCUUGGGAAGAAGAGGUCAAUAUGAAAUGUUAUCAGAGUGCUUGGAAAGAGCAAUGAAAUUUGCAUUUGAAGAAUUCCAUCUUUGGUAUCAGUUUGCACUGUCCUUGAUGGCAGCAGGAAAAUCUGCUCGAGCUGUGAAGGUCUUGAAAGAGUGUAUACGGUUGAAACCGGACGAUGCCACAAUCCCACUUCUUGCUGCCAAAUUAUGUAUGGGAUCCCUUCAUUGGUUAGAAGAAGCAGAACGGUUUGCCAGAAUGGUGGUUGAUAUGGGGGACAAAACAUCAGAAUUCAAAGCGAAAGGUUUCUUAGCCCUGGGACUGACUUACAGCUUACAAGCUACAGAUGCUUCUUUGCGAGGGAUACAAGAGGUCCUGCAGCGAAAGGCUCUUCUUGCAUUUCAAAGGGCUCACAUCUUGUCUCCAACUGAUCACCUGGCAGCAUUUUAUCUAGCUUUACAGUUUGCUAUAUCCCGACAGAUACCAGAAGCUUUAGGAUAUGUUCGUCAAGCUCUUCAGCUUCAAGGAGACGAUGCUAACUCUCUGCAUCUCCUUGCCCUCUUGCUGUCAGCUCAGAAACACUAUCACGAUGCUCUGAAUAUCAUUGACAUGGCCUUGAGCGAAUACCCAGAGAACUUUAUAUUACUGUUUUCAAAAGUCAAAUUGGAAUCACUCUGCCGGGGCCCAGAUGAGGCACUCCUCACUUGUAAACACAUGUUGCAGAUCUGGAAAUCCUGUUACAAUCUCACUAACCCCAGCGAUUCUGGACGGGGCAGCAGUUUGUUAGACAGAGCCAUUGCCGACAGGCGACAACUUAGUACAAUUACUUUGCCAGACUUCAGUGACCCUGAAACAGCUUCUGAUUCCUCCACAUCUUCACCUCUCUCAAGAACAGAAUCUCCUCUCCACCUGUUUAUGUCUCCUCAAUCUCCUCACCCUCAUCCCAAAUCCGAUACCUUUGUCUGGCCCUAUGCAACCAAUCCAUACUGUGACCUCGUUCCUGGGCCCUGCGAACCGCCACUCUGUUCGAUCCAUGCGACGUCGAUAGCAGCCUCUAGAGUGGAGCAGGCGCUCUCUGAAGUUGCCUCGUCUUUGCAGAGCAGUGCUCCGAAGCAAGGUCCUCUGCAUCCUUGGAUGACUCUGGCUCAAAUCUGGCUUCAUGCAGCUGAAGUAUACAUAGGAAUUGGAAAGCCUGCAGAAGCCACAGCAUGUACUCAGGAAGCUGCUAACCUCUUUCCAAUGUCUCACAACGUUCUGUACAUGAGAGGUCAAGUGGCAGAACUUCGGGGAAAUAUUGAUGAAGCCAAACGCUGGUAUGAAGAGGCCUUAUCCAUCAGCCCAACGCAUGUCAAAAGUAUGCAGAGAUUGGCUUUGAUACUUCACCAGCUUGGAAGGUACAGCCUGGCCGAGAAGAUCCUUAGGGACGCUGUCCAGGUGAACUCCACGGCUCACGAGGUUUGGAAUGGCCUCGGGGUGGUUUUGCAAGCUCAGGGCAAUGACGAUGCGGCAACCGAGUGCUUCCUGACAGCGCUGGAGCUCGAGGCCAGCAGCCCCAUUGUCCCUUUCACCAUCAUCCCUCGAGUCCUCUGAAAGGCUGUCCGGGUAAAUUGAUGAAUCAUCAUGUGAGAAUGUUAGGAAGCAUGCUGCGUAAGCCUUCCUCCUGAUUCGAAGGGCGGCUCUUCAGGCUGAGAGGUAAUGCAACAAAACAGGCAAUCUGCUCAUUACUGUGGGGGAUUCUGACUGCGGAAGUGAUACAGCAUCUUAUUGUUAAUGCAGAGAAAUAACUAACCAGAAGUGUGGGGGAACCACACACACGCCACCACCCAUGUAUCACCUGCAUCUUCGCCCCAUAGUAGUUUUAAAGCCUGACGCUAUUGUUCAAAUGGGUAUUGUGCCAUGUUUUAUUAGGUGACAUCUGAGUGUUAUGUAAAACUUUAAAUAGAAUCAAACACCAACUGUAGAAUAAUAGAUUCGAGUUAAAAUUCAGUGGCAGAGCAGCCUAUUUUUAACCAAGCCUGUCAAAGACCCGUUCUCUUCAUGUCUUUCAACCUCUCUGGGCCCGGAAUCAAAAUGUGAAAUUUGCUGUGCUCCAUCUCUGCAGUAGUCCAAGCAGACAAAUUAACCGAAAGGUUUAUGUUUUUAGUUGUUUAUAACUGUGAUGUGUAGCUAAUUGUUAUUGCCUUUAUUUAGAAGAGAGGUUGUGUACAAGAAUAUUUAUAUUUUACCAAUGUAUGCCUGUUUAAAAGAAGAAGAAGAAAUGAAAAGAAAAUAUUAGUUAUUUAAGUUUAACUUUUUUAUGUGAAUUCAGAGUUUAUUUAUCAAUGGAAAUAUGUAAAAAGAUGCUAAAGACUGAAUAUUUACCGACAUUCCUUAUGCAUUAUAAACCCACUUGGCUCAAUGGGAAGAUUAUGUUAAUAAUAAAAAUGAUUUUUGGAUGGA